AUGGAUACAUUGUAUCAAGCUCUGAAGUCUCUCAGUGUCCAGGCAAUCGUAGGACUUGCAAUUGCAUCCUACGCAGUCUGGACGAUUGUCAGCUACCGACGAUUGUCACACAUCCCCGGCCCGCGAUUCACAGGCAUCAGCAACAUCCCGCACAGCCUGGCCUACCUGACAUGCAUACCAAUAGGGACUCUCGUUCGAGUCGGACCCAACUCCCUCAUCACCUCUUCCCCUGAGCUAUGGGCCCGCCUAAACGCCGUGCGAUCGCCAUACACGCGCUCAGAGUGGUUCUACAGAGGCUGCCGCCUUGAACCCGGCGUCGACAAUGUCUUUACCAUGACAAACGACCAGGAACACGAAGCACGACGCAAGCAAAUGGCUUCGGGGUACGCCGGCAAAGAAAACCCCACUCUCGAAGCCGACAUCGACGCCAACGUCUCCGCCCUCCUAUCACUGAUCCGCAACUACUGCACCAACCCAGGCGAACCCUCCAAGCGCAUGGACCUCGCGCAAAAGAUCCCAAUGUUCACGCUCGACGUCAUCAGCACCGUCGGUUUCGGCUCCGCGUUCGGCAUGCUGGCGGCCGACCGAGACGUCAACGGCUACAUGGAGUCGGCGGCGUCGGGCCUGCGCAUCACCAACACCAUCCUCGCCCUGGGCUGGGUGGUGCGGCGCUUCACCGACCUGCCGCUCGUCAGCAGGCUGGGCCCCAACGCAGAGGACAGCUACGGGUUCGGCAGGAUGAUGGGGACCGUGUUCAAGGCCGUCGAGAAGAGGGUGGACAAGGGCGACUUGGAUAAGCGCAGCGACAUGCUGGCCAGCUUCAUCCGGCAUGGGUUGAGCGGCGAGGAGCUGCGGGGUGAGGUGCUGGAGCAGGUCAUCGCGGGGAGCGACACGACGUCCGCGGCGAUCCGCGGCAUCAUGCUGCUGUUGCUGACGAGCCCGAGGGUGUUUGCAAAGCUGCGGGAGGAGGUUGACGAUGCCGUGCGCCAGGGCAAGGCGCCACCAGCUCCGGACGUCAUCUCCAAGACCCAGGCCGAUGCGCUGCCGUAUCUGCAGGCGGUAAUUCGGGAGGGCAUGCGCGUCAAGCUUCCGGUGGCGUGCAUCUUCCCCAGGGACAUACCUCCCGGUGGUGAGACGUGGGAGGUGGAUGGCGAGCACGUGUUCAUCCCGGGAGGCACCGAUGUUGGGUACUCGGCGUACGCUAUGCACUUCGACAAGGGUAUCUACGGGUACGAUGCAGAAUCAUUUCGGCCCGAGAGGUGGCUGGAGAAAGGUCCGAAUCUGGUCACGAUGACCAAGACGAAUGACUUGAUUUUUGGGCAUGGCAAGUGGCAAUGCUUGGGCAAGUCGGUGGCGAUGUUUGAGCUUGGCAAGGUCGUCUUUGAGCUUGUUCGAAAUUUCGACUGGACCUUGGAAAAUCCUGAAAAGGCAUGGGUUAUGCACAACUACAACGGCCUGAUGCACAUCGAAAACAUGUGGGUUCAGGUGCAGGAGCGAAGCUGA